GGAAUUUAAAAGGCAGCUUCUUCACACCGGGAUAGGAGGAAGACAGCCGCGGAGAUAAUACCGCUGCAGACAAUUAAAGUGAAAUCCCAAGAUUCUUCUCAGUCGACUCCCCGCGUGACAGUAAACCACUCACUUGAAGAUUAAACCAAGUAUACCCCCGCUCCAGAGAAUUGCCCUCUUAGAUGCCGCUCAGUCUCCGUGUUUGCAAAUGGCUUGCUGUCUGAAGGACGAGCUACUCUGUUCCAUCUGCCUCAGCAUCUACCAGGACCCCGUGAGCUUUGGCUGCGAGCACUACUUCUGCAGGAAGUGCAUCACCGAGCACUGGAGCAGGCAGGAGCCUCACGGAACACGGGACUGCCCCGAGUGCCGGAGGACCUUCACUGACCCUCUCCUCUCGCCGAGUCUCAAGUUGUCCAACAUUGUGGAGCGCUACUCGGCCUUCCCGCUGGACGCCAUCCUCAACGCUCAGAGGAGCUCCUACCCCUGCAAGGACCACGAGAAGGUGAAGCUCUUCUGCCUCACUGACAAAAGUCUGGUGUGCUUCUUCUGCGACGAGCCGGCGCUCCACGAGCAGCACCAAGUAACCACUAUCGACGAGGCUUACGAGGAGAUACAGAGGGAGAUGAAGGAGCAGCUGGCCACCCUGCAGGACAGUGAGAAGGGCCAUACUGAGGCCCUGCAGCUCCUGCAAAGACAACUUACUGAGACCAAGUCCUCAGCCAAGAGUCUACGCGCGACCAUUGGAGACGCGUUCGAGCGCCUUCACCGCUUCCUCCGGGAGCGUCAAAAGAGCAUGCUGGAAGAGCUUGAGAUGGACACGGCCCGCAAGCUGUCCGACAUCGAACACAAGAUCCAGCGCUACAGCCAGCAGCUGCGUGACGUCAAGGAGGGCAUCCAGAUCCUGCAGGAGCGCCUCAACGAGACAGGACGACACGACUUCCUGGAGGGAGUAGCCGUCACGUCUGAGAGGUGCUUCAACUGCCCCGAGUUUGCUAAAACAGUUCCACUAUCAUCACUGCAGUCCAAUAAGAAAAGAAAUGUGGUUGUAAACACAUUGGCAAGAAGGAUCAGGAUUAAAGGGAAGAUACAUGAGACCAAUCUGACGUAUGAAGACUUCCCGACAUCCAAGUACAUGGGGCCCUUGCAGUACACAAUAUGGAAGUUGCUCUUCCAGGAUGUCUCACCAGUGCCAGCAGCAUUGACCCUCGACCCUAUCACAGCCCACCAAAGACUGAUCCUCUCAGACGACUGUACCAUAGUGGCCUACGGGAAUCUCCAUCCGCAGCCUCUGCAGGACUCCCCGCGCCGAUUUGACGUGGAGGUGUCUGUUCUGGGCGCAGAGGGCUUUGUGUCGGGCGUCCAUUACUGGGAGGUGAUGGUGUCAGAGAAGACCCAGUGGAUGAUCGGCGUGGCAAACGAGACAGUCAGCCGCAAGGGCAGCAUCCAGAUCCAGCCCAGCCGGGGCUUCUACUGCAUCGUUAUGCACGACGGGAACCAAUACAGCGCCUGCACCGAGCCCUGGACCCGCCUCAACGUAAAGAGCAAGCUGGAGAAGGUGGGGGUGUACCUGGACUACCCCAAAGGCCUGCUCAUCUUCUACAAUGCAGACGACAUGUCCUGGCUCUACACCUACCGAGAGAAAUUCCCCGGCAAGGUCUUCCCCUACUUCAGCCCGGGCCAGAGCCAUGCCAACGGCAAGAAUGUGCAGCCGCUGCGAAUCAACACUGUACGCCUUUAAGAGCUAUACACCUCUGUGGUCGUGAUUGUCCUGACAGAUGAAUCCAUCACUGGUGAAUUCACAGGACUUGUGUAGGUUUCAAAAGAUGUUCAAGAAAUCAGUUAAAAAAAUGUUUAAUAGGGUGUCUGAAAUGUUUAUUUCUCUCCUUCAGUUCAAGAAUUGUGCUCGAUGUUGCUCUUAAAACCUGCGCUGUUUUUUGUGACUUGAAACGACCAUUCAAUAAUGGCCUGCACUUGAGCUUCAUUCCACAUCUUUAAAUGAGAAGAUGACACUAAAUGGAGACAGAGGGGACCCUGGGGUCCUCUGGGGUCUGUGGCAGAGAUGUAAAAUAAAAAUGUAAAAAACAAAGUGAUUUUCCCUCUCAAAGUGACUGUCCCAGGCACACCUUGCACACUCCCAGAGGGCACUGCCCUCUUUAUCAAGCUCCAGCCUCGUCAGACUUGAUGUCCCCUCUCUGUCCAGGCAAGCGUACACUGAAGACUGGUCACUUGUCUUCUCUGUGCUGUAUAGUUGGCUUAGCUUUGUGUGUGGAACGUGAUCAACAGCACUCUGCUCCUGUCUUUUUUUUUGGCUAAUGUUUGGCCAGCAAUCCACCCUGAGCUUGUCGAGUCUGUUUUAUUUCUGUCCGAGACCAUGAUGUUGGUUCCUUCUGCAGCUCACAUCCACAUAUGUCUGUUCAGUCUUUGUCAUUGCAAGUAGCACAAAGCUCUUGUUCUGUGUGUGCACCAGCGAUUGUUCAUGCCACUUAAAACAAACUAAACGAAUCAAAAAGUAGUUCAUAGGCUGCCCAUCCUUAUCCACUGCCCUGUCCUACCCACAUGUGGUGGGAAAGUCUGUUUGGAUUGUCCAGAAAUAUGCUGCUAUUGAUGGAGUAAGAACUUGCAUGUUUGUGUAUUUGAGUAUUAAGGGUUAAAAGGAAUUUUCUCAUCAUGCUGGCUCAUGUUUAAGCUUCCGCUCUUUCCCCCAAAAUCACAAAUAUGCUAGCCCUUAGCAUAUACGAUACCUGUGGGAUAUUUGUCAACUUCAGUGUUUCCAGUCGUUCUUUUAAAAUCAAUGUUAUUUAAAAUCAUAUCAUUUAUGUAGAUGAAGUCGAGCUGUGUGUUUUGGGAAAUGAUGGUUAUCAAGGGAAAUUUGGAUGGAUGGAUGGAUGGAUGGACUUUAGCACUAAUAUACUAUUCCUAUGAGACUGGCAUUCCCAAGGCUGCUGCUGUGUUAGAUAAUGACAGAAUCACUGAGAAUUCCUCUGAGGCUCACCCAUGUUUAUUUCUUUGCCCCACGUGCCUCAAGGGCUCUUGUUUAUCAGUAGUUGUACACAAGUCCUGCAGAAUCUAAGAGGCUCCGGUCACUCAGCCAAGUCCAGCAUACUGCUGUGUGUGUGUGUGUGUGUGUGUGUGUGUGUGUGUGUGUGUGUGUGUGUGUGUGUGUGUGUGUGUGUGUGUGUGUGUGUGUGUGUGUGUGUGUGUGUGUGUGUGUGUGUGUGUGUGUGUGUGUGUGUGUGUGUGUGUGUGGGGGGCGGGCAUGUGCGGGUAUGUUUGUACGGCCUGGUUCAGCUAUAAUUUUAAAUCCAGCUUUGGUUGUACUUGAUAAAGCCCAUCUGGCCGUUAAAGCGUACCCAUGCAGUGGCCAAAAGUGAUUAUGACAAAAUACUUUGUUAUCAGGUAGAACUUAACAGAUUUUUCUUUGGUUAAUGUACAACAGCAAAAAACAAUACAAAAAGAACAGUCACCUCACCCUUAAUUUUCCACUGUACAUCUUUGCAUUCGUACGUGUGUUGUCUGUGUUGUCUGUUUAAAAGAAAAUCGGGGCAGUGCCCUUGUUUUUGUAGGAUGUGAUUCCAGUAUUUGCAGUACGAUACAAACGAGGGUCAAAUGAGCAUUUGCAAGUUAUUCUUGGUCUUUGUUUUAGCUUGCACAGACCUGUAGGGGUCUGUUUUUAAGAAGGAGAUCUGCUAUGUUGUCUGAAUAAUGUUGCUGAAUAAAACCUGGAACACGUCUUUUUACAUCAGUCUGUUUUCUGGGAUGUACAAACUGCAAAUAUAUCCAGAUUACCCAGUAAACCUGCUUUGUGAAACAGGAUUUAUAUAAAUAUGUGUGAAGAUAAUAAUUUAAAAAAAAGUUUAGACAAUCAGGACAGUAUUUAGUAAUUUUACUUCUCCCCAAUUGACCCCAUGAAUUGUCCCUGAGAAGUAAAUCCCAACCAGCAGGUGCUUCAUGCAUGUUAAAACAAGUGCUCAAAUCUGACCCCAGUUUGCUGUCUCCAUUAAAGACGUUCUGUUUGAAUAUUAAGAAGGAGAUUAUUGUGACGUGGUGUUGGGUUACUGGUGGUGGUGAUGACGCUAAUGGUUAAAAUGAUCAUGAUGAUAACUAUGACACUUUUAAUGAUUAUAAUGAUAAUUGUGUCUUUUGAUGAUGGCAGCUGUGCACCCAUCAUUGUGUGAACACACUCUAGUGUGCUUUUGCUGCUGGAGGUUUGUGAGAAAUGUUUUAAUGUACAAUAAAUUACUGCUAAAAUCUC